UCAAACAGCAGCAAGAAAAUGUAACAGGGUGUAUGAAGAAAUGGAUUUAAUUUAAUGAAAUUAUAAUUAACUUAUUAGUCUUUAUUGUAUUAAAUAUUCAAAUUUGUAAUACUUACCGUUAAAGUACUUGUGAUGAAAACAUCCUUAAAUCUCCACUAACAAUUUGAGGUUAUAUUAUUGUUUUAAACAAAACCGGACUACGCACUAAUAUUUUUCUUAAAAGUUCUAAAAAAGUAUCUCAGACGUUAAAGUGUAGUACUAAGGAAAAUUAUCAAAAGAGCAAGUGAAACUUCCAUGGUGGAAAAUUAAAUAAGUAUCUGAACCGUUCAGUGUUGUAAAGAGCUGUGAUUUUGUGUAGAAUAAUGAGGACGUAUGCAAGGAAGCGUCCUAGCAACCAACUAAUUGAAGAUGUACAUGAACUAUGCCGCCUGUGUCUGAACAAAGCCAUGGAGGCCAUGCCUAUCUUCACAAAUGAUUCAGACACAGUCUGUGCAACAUUAGCAAUCAGAAUCAUGAUUUGUGUGGGUUUGGAGGUGACAAGAGAAGAAUGUUUACCAAACAUAGUGUGUAUAGACUGCUAUAAUGAAUUAAACAAAUAUUACACAUUUAGGAAGAAGUGUGAAGCCACAUAUCAAAAACUUAAGUCUCAUGUUCUAGCAGUGAAAGAGAAACAGUACAAGCAGAAGAUUUUAAUGGAUGUUGAAAAGAAGAAGAAGUUGGAAGCAGAAAAUAAAGAACAACUGAAGUUUGUAGUAACAUUUGACAAGGAACAAUAUGAUGAAGUCCAUGAAGUAUUAAACUUAAACGGUGUGGCGCAAGUUAAUAACUUUGUAGAUAAAUUACCUGAAUUAGAUAAGGUUGAUAGUACAGAAGAAGAUAAUAAAGGAAAAGAAACACUUGAUCCAAUUAAUGAAGAACAACAACCAGAAGACUUAGAAUCAUCAAAGCCUGACAUUAAUACAUUCUUGUCAACAAUGUUAUUAGAACUGGGUAUACUGACGCAACAAGAUAAUGUUCUGGAGUUGACCAAUCAGAAUAUCAAGUCUUUGGAGCUGGAGACUGGAGACGGGAGUCAGAUUACACUGGAAUUGAUGGAGGAAGAUGAUCUUGAGGAACAGGAACAGCCACAAGAACCGAUAGACAAAAAUGAGGCGCCAAGCACAAUAAAAGAAGAAAAUGUUAUCAAACAAGAAGAUAUUAUAACAAAGUAUGUUGUAACUAGUACAGUUACCAAGAAAGAUGCAAAAGGUGACAAGAAGAAUAAACUGAUUAACACUGGGUCGUGGUGCGAGGAAUGUGGCAAGCGCCUCGCCUCUAAGAGUGCGCUCACUCGUCACAUGCGUAUCCAUUCAGGGGAGAAACCCUUCACUUGUGAUAUGUGUGGCCGACGCUUCGCGCAGAGAGAGGUCAUGCUACGACAUCUACUGGUGCAUGAAGAGCGGCGCCCAUACGCGUGUCCAUCGUGCGACAAGAGCUUCACGCAGCGCGGCGCCCUGGACGCACACGCGCGCGCGCACGCCCCGCCCUCCGCGCGCCCGCUGGCGCUGCAUCGCUGCGACAGGUGCCCCAAGGUCUUCCUACACUCCUCCGGCCUGAGCCGCCACAUGAUGAUGCACAAGGGGCGCGUGUACGAGUGCGGGGCGUGCGCGCGCCAGUUCCGCGACAAGAGCUCUCUACUGCGCCAUCUGCGCGGCGCCAGCCACGCGCCGCCCACUUGAUGCGCCACCUGCGCGGCGCCAGCCACGCGCCGCCCACUUGAUGCGCCACCUGCGCGGCGCCAGCCACGCGCCGCCCACUUGAUGCGCCACCUGCGCGGCGCCAGCCACGCGCCGCCCACUUGAUGCGCCACCUGCGCGGCGCCAGCCACGCGCCGCCCACUUGAUGCGCCACCUGCGCGGCGCCAGCCACGCGCCGCCCACUUGAUGCGCCACCUGCGCGGCGCCAGCCACGCGCCGCCCACUUGAUGCGCCACCUGCGCGGCGCCAGCCACGCGCCGCCCACUUGAUGCGCCACCUGCGCGGCGCCAGCCACGCGCCGCCCACUUGAUGCGCCACCUGCGCGGCGCCAGCCACGCGCCGCCCACUUGAUGCGCCACCUGCGCGGCGCCAGCCACGCGCCGCCCACUUGAUGCGCCACCUGCGCGGCGCCAGCCACGCGCCGCCCACUUGAUGCGCCACCUGCGCGGCGCCAGCCACGCGCCGCCCACUUGAUGCGCCGACGUGCUGCGAGGGACGCGUCUCAGUGCAUUCUAAUCGUCAGCAACUUUCCAAGCCGUAGACUGUGACAGUUGGAAAUCUCUCGGUAGCCUAGCCAUCGAAAUGCGUUGACUUGAUUCGUAGUUCUUAAGGUGAGUUCAGAUUUCGGUUGUUACGAAUUAUCCGUGUAUUAAUUACAUGAUGUGCCAAAUCAUUCAGCUCGCUAAAUCACAACUUAAUACAUAUCGGUUAUCGAUAUGUGAAUGAAAUCAUAUAGUGGCAGAUGUUAAAUUAGUACAAUUUUGCCUUAUGAAAUAAUUAUACUAGACAAGUAGAUCUCGUUAUCUGAUGAUCGUGUCGUAAAACUGAGGCACAAGUUUCUAAUGUUAGCUUAAAUUUAUUUUAAUGAAGUGAUCUAAAUCAUAAUGAUAUACAAUAAUAUAUUUCGUGGCCAUUAUCAAAUGAUUUGUAAAUCAGUUAACAUUUGUAAUAUAGUUAUAUGCAAUAAGUAUAUUUAAAAAUAUGGUCUUCUCACAUAAUUAUAGGACCACAAAUGUAUUUUAUGACAAUUAGAAGGAAUUAUUUUAAUAAAUAAAACACUAUAAUU